AUGGCAGCAGGAGUAGCAGCUUGGUUACCCUUUGCCAGGGCAGCGGCCAUAGGAUGGAUGCCAGUGGCCACAGGUCCCAUGCCAGCUGCUCCACGGCAGGAGAGGAAGCGAAGCCAGGACUCUCUGAUUGUGCUGAACGUGAGUGGCAUCCAGUUCCAGACAUGGCUGGACACCUUAGAACGCUACCCUGACACUCUGUUGGGCAGUUCGGAGCGGGACUUCUUCUACCACCCUGAGACACAGCAGUACUUUUUUGACCGGGACCCUGACAUUUUCCGCCACAUUCUUAACUUCUACCGGACCGGGAAGCUUCAUUAUCCCCGCCAGGAGUGCAUCUCAGCUUACGACGAGGAGCUGGCCUUCUUUGGCAUCAUCCCUGAGAUCAUUGGCGACUGCUGUUAUGAGGAGUACAAGGAUCGCCGACGUGAGAAUGCCGAGCGCCUGCAGGAUGAUGCUGAUCAGGAGCACGCAGCUGAGAGCUCCCUGCCCUCAAUGACAGCUCGACAGAGGAUGUGGCGGGCCUUUGAGAACCCACACACCAGCACACUGGCUUUGGUCUUCUACUAUGUCACUGGUUUCUUCAUUGCCGUCUCUGUUAUUGCCAAUGUGGUGGAGACAGUGCCCUGUGGAGUAAGCCCGGGUCGCAUCAAAGAGCUGCCCUGUGGUGAGCGCUAUGCCGUGGCUUUCUUCUGUCUGGAUACUGCCUGUGUCAUGAUCUUCACAGUUGAAUAUCUCCUACGUCUGCUGGCAGCCCCUAGUCGCUACAAAUUUGUACGCAGUGUCAUGAGUAUCAUUGAUGUGGUCGCCAUCAUGCCGUAUUACAUUGGCCUGGUGAUGACAGAUAAUGAGGAUGUCAGUGGGGCUUUUGUGACACUACGAGUCUUUCGUGUCUUCAGGAUCUUUAAGUUUUCCCGCCACUCACAGGGGCUGCGCAUCCUGGGCUAUACUCUUAAAAGUUGUGCCUCAGAGUUAGGCUUCCUCCUCUUCUCUCUCACUAUGGCCAUCAUCAUCUUUGCCACGGUCAUGUACUAUGCAGAGAAAGGUUCAUCAGCCAGCAAGUUCACCAGCAUCCCUGCAGCCUUCUGGUACACCAUUGUCACCAUGACAACACUGGGAUACGGUGACAUGGUGCCGAAGACGAUAGCUGGCAAGAUUUUUGGUUCAAUAUGCUCCCUGAGUGGGGUCUUGGUCAUUGCUCUGCCAGUUCCCGUAAUUGUCUCCAACUUCAGCCGUAUCUACCACCAGAAUCAACGAGCAGACAAGCGCAGGGCACAAAAGAAAGCCAGACUUGCCCGAAUUCGUGCUGCAAAGAGUGGGAGUGCUAAUGCCUACAUGCAGAGCAAACGAAAUGGCUUACUGAGCAACCAGCUGCAGCAGUCCUCCAGUGAAGAAGAACAGGCCUUUGUUGGCAAAUCUGGCUCUUCCUUUGAAACACAGCACCACCACCUGCUUCAUUGCCUGGAAAAAACUACGAACCACGAGUUUGUGGAUGAGCAAGUCUAUGAAGAGAGCUGCAUGGAGGUUUCUACAGUCAACAGACCUCCAAGCCACAGCCCCUCUCUCUCAUCUCAACAAGGUGUUACCAGCACUUGCUGCUCACGAAGACACAAAAAGACUUACCGCAUCCCAAACACCACCAUCACUGGCAGCCGUCCGGGCAGUGUCCAAGAGCUCAGCACCAUCCAGAUCAGAUGUGUGGAGAGGACGCCUCUGUCUAACAGUCGUUCCAGCUUAAAUGCCAAAGUGGAUGAGUGCGUUAAACUAAACUGUGAGCAGCCUUACGUCACUACAGCAAUAAUCAGCAUCCCGACACCUCCAGUCACCACACCUGAAGGAGACGAUAGGCCAGAGUCUCCUGAGUACUCAGGAGGAAACAUUGUCAGAGUAUCUGCUUUAUAAAACAAGGAGUGAUUUCUAAAUUAGCAUAAAGACCACUCACAAGCUGAGCUUGAGCAGUGAGAAGCGAGUCGCGAGGAAUGAGAGAGCUGACGUCAAAGCCCCUUCACCUGUGUGCCAGCAGCCGCCGCAGGAGAGCCACGGGGGAAACAAAACACUCGGUGGGUUUCGGUGUCAUAGCGUGUGAACCAAAAGGAGUUUCUUAUCCCUUGUCCAAACUGACACACGGUGGAAUCUUCUGUGACCAUCCUGACUUACU